AUGGGUGACGGCAGUCUGGAGCUCAGCUCCGCCCUCACUGCUGCGCUGCCUGUGGAGGUUGCAGAGUUUCUUGAAGAUAAACGGCAUCACUUGCAGCUUAAAUCUCCAGAAAUUACUUGUGAUCCUCCAGCAGUGACUAAUGGAACCUUCCAGCCCCAAAAGAGAGUGUUCAGAGAAGAAGAUGUAAUCAGUAUAGACUGUAAUCGUGGAUUUCACUUUGACACAGACAACAGGGAAAAUACAGCAGAAUGUACAAAGAAUGGCUGGUUACCUAUUCCAAGAUGUAUCUUGAAACUCUGUGACUACCCACAUAUAGAAAAUGGCAGAUUAACUGGCUAUUACAAAAACCACAGAGAAAAAAAUUUUCCAGUACGUUUAGGGGUGACAAUUUUCUACAGAUGUCUUGAUGGUUAUGUAUCUAAGAGUGAGAGCACCUGGAAUCUAAUCAGAUGUACUGCAGAUGGCUGGGACCCGAUGCCAAAAUGUCUUAAAAAGUGUUCUCCCAUUUGGUUGGCAAAUGGUAAAUUCCUAAUUCUAUGGCAGAAAUACUACAAAGAAGGUGAUGAAAUUUCGUAUGUGUGUGAUCAUGAAUAUAUCCCUGAAAAUCAGCAAGCAAAAGUUACAUGUACAAAGAAUAACUGGACACCUACUCCAAGAUGUAUCUUUAGCAAAAUGUGUGGAAGGACAGAGAUACCUCAGGGUUAUUUCUAUGUAACAAAGAACAGGUUUGGUUUAAAUGAAAAAGCAACAUAUAGGUGUCAGAUUGGUUACAUGACUCCAGAAGGAAAUGAUACAGGGGAGAUACAAUGUCUUGAAGGAUGGAGUCCUUUUCCAAAAUACAUCAAGACAUGUAGGAUGCCUGCUUUUGAACAUAUUCAUUUCUACACCAGUAAAAUGGUGUUUUUGCCUGAAGACAUACUGGAAUAUGAAUGUGCAGAUGGAUACCAAACUGUAAAUAAAAUCUCAAGGCGUCACACAAUAUGUAGCAUAAAUGGAUGGACUCCAGAGCCCCAAUGUUUUGCAAUAGAAUGUGAGAUGCUGAUGCUGCCCCAUGGAGAGGUUUUCCCCAAGGAGGACAAAUAUCUUAAUGGAGACGUUGUGACAUUUUCCUGUGCAAAACGUUACACCAGAGUAGGACCUGACUCUGCUCAGUGCUAUUACUUUGGAUGGUCCCCAGCACCUCUGACAUGUAAAGUGGAAAUCAAAGCUUGUGGGAGACCACCCAGCAUUACGAAUGGGAAUAUUAUCAGUGAACUUCACAAGAAAUAGCAUGGUGACUCAGUGGAAUAUGACUGCAACCUCAGAUUUAAAAUGAUCGGAUCAGAGAGUAUAGAAUGUGUUGAUGGAGAAUGGUCAUCUUCACCCUUUUGCAUUGAAGAGGAAAAAACAUGUCUACCACCCUCCAAUAUUGCCAGAGGGAGUGCCUUCAGUGUAAACCAGAACUGAUAUUUUCAUGGUGAUGCUGUGGAGUAUGGCUGUGAAGGAAACCUUGAAAUUGUUGGGACAAAUAUCAUAAAAUGUCUUAGUGGAGAAUGGACAUCUUUACCUUCAUGUGCUGAUCCAUCUGUGAAAUGUGCACUUCCAAGGAAUCUUGAGAAUAUCAGAUUUUUAUCAGUUUACAAUUUUCAAAAGAGUUUCUAUCACAAAGAUGUUGUAAAAUACAGAUGUAAUUCAGAUGUCAAACUUAAACAAACAGUCUGUGAAUAUGGGAAAUGGUCACCCAAGCCAGAAUGCAUUGAUGCAACAUGUGGAGAUCCACCUGCAGUUGCCAAUGCUGAGAUCAUAGACCAUAGAGACAGAAGAUAUUGGCCUGCUGAAAGAGUGCAGUGUCAGUGUCAUGAAGGUUUUGAAAGUCAUGGACCAAAUGAUGUCACCUGUAUAAACAAGGAAUGGUCACAACCUCCAACUUGCGAAGAGGCUGGUGGAAAGUGUGGGCCUCCACCAAGAAUUGAUAAUGGAGACAUUGUUUCAUUCCCAUUAAAACAAUAUGUACUAAAUUCAACAGUGGAUUACAAAUGCAAAAGUUUGCAUAUAUUGGAGGGACCUCAAAGUGUUAGAUGUGACUCUGGACAAUGGACAGACCCACCGGUUUGCUUAGGAUCCAGAGAAGAGCAGAACUCCAUGUCAGCUAUUACAAGUGCUGGGUGUACUUUAUCAAGCACCAGCAUGACUUUGCUGAGAGGUAUCAUCAUUCAGAUACUCUGGGCUUUCUAUGCUAAGGGACAAGUGCCAGUAUGUGAACAGCCGCCUGAUGUUGAUUUUGGCAAUAUUAUUAGUGGUGAGAAAUCACAAUAUGUGGAGAGUGACUCUGUGCAGUACGGCUGCUAUCCUGGAUACACACUGGCAGGAUCUGAACGGAUAACGUGUUAUGGGAGAAACUGGAUGCCAGCGCCAAAAUGUUUGGCACCAUGUACCAUCACAAAACAGCAACUGGAGGACAAAAAACUGCUUCUGUCCAGUGGCCGUAGACGUACAAUAAUGGUUGUAAAUGAUCAAAUAGUGGAAUUUUCCUGCAGUGAAGGAUAUAACCCCACAGAACCUUCAGCCAGGAAGUGUGUUGAUGGACACAUAGAUUUUCCACUGUGUAUCUCUGCGACAGGAAAGAAAUGUGGACGUCCACCUGUUGUUGUUAAUGGAGAUAUAACUACUUUUUUGCAAAAAGAGUAUGCCUCAGGCUCUUCUGUGGAAUACAAAUGCCAAAAGUUUUAUUCAGUGAAAGGGCAAAAUAAAUCUUUCUGUAACAAUGGAAACUGGACAGAAACACCAAUUUGUGAGGAGCCAUGUGUUAUCUCUCAGGAAGAAAUGCAAAACCGUGGCAUAGAGCUGACUGAGGCAUACAAUGGAAAACAAUACAUACAACAUGAUGAUUUUGUUGUGUUUAAGUGCAAAUCAGGACAUGUACCCCAGGCAUUUUUAUCUCCUGAUUUCACUGUGUGGUGUCAUUCAGGCAAUAUUGUGUAUCCCCAGUGCAAUAAAGAUGUGUUAGGAAGGUGUGGCCCCCCACCUUCUAUUCAAAAUGGAGACAUCAUUUCUGACCUAUUGCCAGUAUAUGCAGCAGGCUCUUCAGUGGAAUACAAAUGUCGAAGUUUUCAUGGAAUGACAGGAUCCAAAAUAAUCACAUGUCGCUUAGGAAAAUGGACAGCCCCACCAGUAUGCUCAGAGGCUGCUAGAAAGUGUGGGCACCCACCUGCUAUUGAUAAUGGAGACGUCAUGGCCUUCCUACAGAAAGAAUAUGACUCAGGUUCAAGAGUGGAAUACAAGUGCCAAAGUUUUCAUAGAAUGAAGGGAUCUGCCUUUGUUAGCUGUGAGUCUGGCCAAUGGACAGACCCACCAGUUUGCUUAGAGCCAUGUACAAUAUCCCCAGAAGAUAUGGAGAAAAACAAUAUUGGGCUGAAAUGGAGUUCGAAAACAAGAUUGUAUUUAGAAAGUGGAAACUUUGUUGAAUUUGACUGUAAAAAUGGAUAUGUGAAGGAUCCAGCAUCUUCUGCAUUUAGAGUACAGUGUGUGGAGGGGAAAUUGGCAUAUCCUAAAUGUAAGAGAAAAGAGUUAUGUAUAACAUUCCCAGAAGAUAUGGAGAAAAACAAUAUUGGGCUGAAAUGGAGCUCGGAAACAAGAGUGAAUUUAGAAAGUGGAGACUUUGUUGAAUUUGACUGUAAAAAUGGAUAUGUGAGAGAUCCAACAUCUUCUGAAUUUAGAGUACAGUGUGUGGAGGGGAAAUUGGCAUAUCCUAAGUGUAAGAAAAGAGAGUUAUGUAUAACAUUCCCAGAAGAUAUGGAGAAAAACAAUAUUGGGCUGAAAUGGAGCUCGGAAACAAGAGUGAAUUUAGAAAGUGGAGACUUUGUUGAAUUUAACUGUAAAAAUGGAUAUGUGAGGGAUCCAACAUCUUCUGCAUUUAGAGUACAGUGUGUGGAGGGAAAAUUGGCAUAUCCUAAAUGUAAGAGAAGAGGUACUUCAGAAUGAAUAAAAAGAAGCAUCAAACAAAUAAUUUUAACCCAGAUCUGAGGAGCAGAAGCCAUUAACCAGUUAUUUGUAAUGUUCACACAUUAUGCUCUUUGUCAGUAUUUUAACCUAGAUUGUCUGAACUGAUACAUGUAAUUACUUCUUUUGUCACAAUGUAUAUUAAACUAAUCAUAAAAUAGUAACAACAGAUUGGCAAAAAGUUCCAAACUACGGCUAUUUUAUGAAAAUUGGAAGAGGAAGCUUUAAGGGAAAUUGUACACUUGGCCGCACGUCCUGAAUUACACACUUCCCGCUUGCUGAAACAGAAAGUAACAAUAUUUCUCUCCGGCCCAAAUCAGGAACUCCUAGAAGUCUUACAAGGAACCUUUAUCUUGGGAGGCUUGUAGCCCAAUUGCUACAUCCAGAGGUUUAUUUAUGGAUUGAGACUGUUUUGAGUUCCGCCUAUCCCUACGAGCAGUUGGUCAUCGUUCUUUUAAAUGUUUUAGUCCAUGCAACCAAAAUAUUAUCCAGACAUCUAACACAGUUGUAUAGAAAAUAUUCACUUCUCUGAUGACAAUUUAAACUUAUGGUGUCUUAUUUCUUUUUUAAAAUUAAAGAGUUGUAUAUUUCAUUUAGCAAUU